AUGCAGUGUUAUACUGAGCUCUUGCCUCCUACUGGGGUCACUCACUCGUUGGCACUUCCUUUUAUCUCUGAAUCAGCGAACAACUUGGUGGUUGCUAGAACUUCUCGUCUUCAGAUAUUUUCUUUGCUUGAUGUUGGCCCUCGACCUGGAGGCAUCGAAGAACAAGGCGUCCCAAAGCUGGUCUUGGAAAGGGAAUAUGCUCUCCCAGGUACGGUAACAGAUCUAUGUCGAGUCAAACUCUUGAAUACCAAGAGUGGCGGCGAAGCCAUUUUGCUUGCCUUCCGAAAUGCGAAACUUGCAUUGAUCGAAUGGGACCCGGGGCGGUAUGGCAUCUGCACAAUAUCCAUUCACUAUUAUGAACGGGAUGAUUCGACUAGUAGUCCGUGGGUACCUGAUUUGAGCAGCUGCGGCAGCAUCCUUAGUGUGGACCCAAGCAGUAGAUGUGCGGUUUUCAACUUCGGGAUCCGGAAUCUCGCCAUCCUUCCUUUUCACCAACCGGGCGAUGACCUGGUGAUGGAUGAUUAUGGCGAACUUGACGAUGAGAGACUUGGCAGCCAUGGAUUAGAAAGUGGCACCGAUUGUGAUAUGACUAAAGAAAGCAUUGCGCACAGGGCGCCAUACUCGUCUUCUUUUGUGCUCCCUUUGGCAGCUUUGGAUCCAUCAAUACUGCACCCCAUAAGUCUCGCUUUUUUAUAUGAAUACAGGGAGCCGACAUUUGGUAUUUUGUAUUCGCAGGUUGCUACAUCUAAUGCGCUUCUUCAUGAAAGAAAAGAUGUUGUUUUCUAUACCGUUUUCACACUGGACUUAGAGCAGCGAGCAUCAACGACUCUACUUUCCGUGUCUAGAUUGCCUAGUGAUUUGUUUAAAGUGGUAGCCCUUCCUCCUCCUGUUGGAGGUGCCCUACUCAUUGGGUCUAACGAGCUUGUUCACGUUGAUCAGGCAGGGAAAACCAACGCAGUGGGUGUUAAUGAGUUCUCUAGGCAGGUUUCGUCUUUCUCAAUGACGGAUCAAUCGGACCUAGCACUUCGCCUUGAAGGCUGUAUCGUCGAGCGUCUUUCUGAAACCAAUGGAGACUUACUUUUGGUACCCACCACCGGAGAAAUAGUCCUUGUCAAAUUCAGGCUAGACGGCAGGUCGGUAUCGGGCAUCUCAGUUCACCCCAUACCUCCCCAUGCCGGCGGAGACAUCGUGAAAUCCGCUGCUUCGUCUUCGGCUUUUCUUGGCGAUAAGAGGGUUUUCUUAGGAAGUGAAGACGCCGAUUCAAUACUUCUGGGCUGGUCAGUUCCAUCCUCGGGCACUAAGAAGCCCCGACCUCAAGCACGGCACACGGAAGAGGAUUCUGGAGGAUUUUCUGAUGAAGACCAGAGUGAAGAUGAUGUUUAUGAAGAUGAUCUCUAUGCUACGGUGCCAGAAGUUGUGGUAGACGGUCGUCGCCCCUCUGCAGAGUCGUUCGGCUCUAGCCUGUACAAUUUUCGGGAGUACGACAGACUUUUGAAUAUUGGGCCUCUGAAAGAUAUUGCUUUCGGAAGGUCUUUCACAAGCCUUGGUGGGGAAGAAAAUGCCGGCAAUGACUCGGGCCUGGAAUUGGUAGCCUCCCAAGGGUGGGAUAGAAGUGGUGGCCUGGCUGUUAUGAAGCGUGGACUUGAGCUUCAAGUGCUCAAUUCUAUGAGAACAGACUUGGCCAGUUGUGUCUGGACAGCAUCUGUAGCGCAUAUGGAAGAAGCCGUAUCUAAGACCACCACGCAAGCUGAAAACCGAGAAUGUCAUCAAUAUGUUGUUGUCUCAAAAGCAACGAGUGCCGAGAGGGAACAAUCUGAAGUUUUCAGGGUGGAAGGACAGGAACUGAGGCCAUUCCGAGCCCCGGAAUUCAAUCCAAACGAGGAUGUAACCAUUGAUAUUGGGACGUUAAUAGGCAAAAACAGAGUGGUUCAGAUAUUAAGAAGUGAAGUACGAAGCUAUGAUGGCGACCUGGGCUUGGCUCAGAUCUAUCCUGUAUGGGACGAAGAUACUAGCGAAGAACGGAUGGCCAUCAGCUCCAGCCUUGUGGAUCCGUACGUAGCGAUACUUCGCGAUGACUCAACAUUAUUGCUUCUCCAAGCAGAUGAUAGCGGAGAUCUCGAUGAAGUCGAAUUGAAUGAACAGAUAGCAAAUUCAAAAUGGACCUCGUGCUGCUUGUAUUUCGACAAAACUGGGAUUUUUUCCUCCAUCAGUGCAACCUCAGACGAGUUGGCUCAAAAUAGCAUGACCCUUUUCCUAAUGACCCAGGAUUGUCGUUUAUUUAUAUAUCGGCUUCCUGAUCAGAAACUAUUAGCGAUAAUCGAAGGAGUCGAUUGUUUGCCGCCCGUUCUGUCAAGUGAACCUCCGAAGCGGUCCACUACGCGCGAGGUCUUAACCGAAAUUGUUGUUGCUGACCUCGGAGACUCCUGGAGCAGCUUUCCUUACUUAAUUAUACGCAGCAGACAUGAUGACCUUGCCGUAUACAGACCGUUUAUCUCCAUUACAAAGUCUGUAGGCGAACCCCACGCUGACUUAAAUUUCCUAAAAGAGACAAAUUUGGUUUUGCCAAGGAUAACCUCCGGUGUUGAAGAUCAGUCGUCAACUGAGGAGGUAAUAAAAAGCGUACCACUGCGCAUAGUAUCCAACAUUUCAGGAUUCAGCGCAAUAUUCAGGCCAGGUGUUUCACCAGGCUUUAUAGUCAGAACUUCGACAAGCUCUCCACAUUUUCUGGGCCUUAAAGGAGGAUAUGCGCAGAGUCUUAGCAAGUUUCAAACUUCCGAAUGUGGUGAAGGCUUUAUUCUCCUGGAUUCAAAGGUGCUUUGCUUCAUACUUCUCUGUUUAACAUACUGCAUACUGAGUUUCCAUACAGGGUGUCAUUCAUACUAUCCGUGGACAAUACAGCAGAUACCUAUUGGAGAGCAAGUUGACCACCUAGCCUACUCUUCGUCAUCUGGGAUGUACGUCAUAGGAACUUCUCAUAGGACUGAAUUUAAGUUACCUGAAGAUGAUGAGUUACAUCCUGAGUGGCGUAAUGAAAUGACCUCGUUCUUUCCGGAAGUACAGCGAAGCUCUCUAAAGGUCGUGAGCCCGAAAACGUGGACCGUCAUCGAUAGCCCCGCCGAGCAUGUGAUGGCGGUAAAAAACAUGAGUCUUGAGAUCUCUGAGAACACACAUGAGCGUAAGGAUAUGAUCGUUGUGGGAACGGCAUUUGCAAGAGGUGAAGACAUUGCGUCGCGUGGCUGUGUGUACGUCUUUGAAGUCAUCAAGGUCGUCCCUGAUCCUAAGAGGCCGGAGAUGGACCGUAAAUUGAGACUCGUAGGCAAAGAGCCGGUUAAAGGAGCAGUAACCGCCUUGUCUGAAAUCGGUGGCCAGGGCUUUCUGAUAGUCGCACAGGGACAGAAAUGCAUUGUCAGAGGCCUGAAAGAAGAUGGUAGCCUUCUCCCUGUUGCUUUCAUGGACGUACAGUGCCAUGUUAGCGUGGUAAAAGAGCUAAAGGGCACAGGAAUGUGCAUCAUCGCUGAUGCUGUGAAAGGGCUCUGGUUUGCGGGCUACUCGGAAGAGCCUUAUAAAAUGAGCCUUUUUGCAAAGGAUCUGGAUUAUCUCGAGGUCUUAGCAGCAGAUUUUCUUCCAGAUGGCAACAAGUUAUUCAUUCUCGUUGCUGACAGUGACUGCAACCUUCAUGUGCUCCAAUAUGACCCUGAAGAUCCAAAAUCGUCCAACGGCGACAGACUGCUGAGUCGUAGCAAAUUCCAUACAGGCAACUUCAUCUCGACGUUGACGCUCUUGCCGCGUACUUCAGUCUCUUCCGAGCAAAUGAUCUCCGACGUUGAUGCGAUGGACGUUGACAUCAAAAUACCACGUCAUCAGAUGCUCAUUACGUCCCAGAACGGAUCUGUUGGCCUCGUCACAUGCGUUUCCGAAGAGUCCUAUCGUCGAUUAUCCGCUUUGCAGUCUCAGCUGACAAAUACCAUUGAGCAUCCAUGUGGUCUCAACCCUCGAGCUUUUCGGGCAGUGGAAAGUGACGGCACUGCAGGCAGAGGAAUGCUCGAUGGAAAGCUUCUCUUCCAGUGGCUGGACAUGAGCAAACAACGCAAGGUGGAAAUAGCCAGUCGUGUUGGAGCAAAUGAAUGGGAGAUCAAAGCAGAUUUUGAGGCUAUUAGCGGUGAAGGGCUUGGGUAUUUGUAA